AGUGUUUAUCACCUAUGCGCUGGACGGGGGAGGAAUGCUAGAGAGGUGAGGGCCCCAAUCCUCGGGUCCCUCCAGCAGUAGCAUGUUGUGACAUUGAAAGUCUUUGGGGGACUCCACUCCCUCCAUUCAGAUUCCUCCUCCAGUGGGCAUGCAGAUGGGGGCAACAUGGCACCGCAGUACCCCAGUUUGGCAAUAAGUAGAGGUCCCAUCAGACACACGUCCAGUGGGUAGACACUUUUUGGUGGACCACGGUUUUGCAGUAGAAAAAUGGCCGCAUCCAAGAAGACAAAAAGGCUGGCACCAUAUAAGAAGAAUAUAAAUGUUUGCCACACAUCCAAAACCACAUAUAAGAAGGCUACAAAAGAUGAUGUGAAGCAGCGGUGUUCGGCCAACCGGCUCCAGCAGCACAGUCUCCGAUAACAUCAGAAGGAGAUUAUUAUUCCAUCAUGUGCUCGGCCGGGGAAGUUUUGGAACGGUCAUGCUGGCGGAAGAUCCAUCUACCCGCAAACACUUUGCUGUUAAGAUCAUCAGCAAAAGAGCCCUGCUUGCUGAAGGUGAUGAUGAGUCUGUGAUGGUGGAGCGACGAGUUUUCCAGCUGGCAUCUGGGAGUCCUUUCCUUGUCCACGCAGACUUUGCAUUUCAGACCAAGCUGCAUGUGCUGCUCGGCCUGGAGUACAUGAGCUGCGGGGACUUUUACACCUACCUACUGAUGAAGGACCAGCUUGACAUCCCCAGUGCAAGAUUCUAUGCCGCUGAACUCGUCUGUGGAAUCCAAUUCCUGCACUCAAAGGGCGUCAUCCACAGAGACCUGAAGCCUGAGAACAUCUUGGUGGCUGAAACGGGCCAUGUAAAGAUCACUGAUUUCGGUCUUGCACUUGUCAACAUGCAUGGAGACCGAACAGCCACCUCAUACGCUGGAACAAUCGGAUACAUAGCUCCUGAGAUGCUGGCUAGGAAGGAGUACAACGCCGGAGUAGACUGGUAUUCUUUCGGUGUCAUCUUGAAAGAAAUGGUUACCAGUGAUUGUGCGUACCAUCAGACAAUCGAUGAUGCAUCCUCCGGCAUUAAGAACAUCAUUAGAAAGCUCCUUCGGAAAGAUCCUGCCAGACGCUUAGGAGUUAAUGGUAACAUCAGAAAGCACCGAUUCUUCCAGCGUAUGGACUGGGUCUCUGUGGAAGCCCUAGAGUUGCGUCCACCAUACACACCUGAGCCAACUGAACCUCAUCAUCGUCCUAAACCAUUCCACCUGGACAAACUGGAGGCAGCAGAGGUCAGAACACCUAUUUCAGCAGCGGACCAGGCCUUGUUCGAGGGAUUUUCUUUUUGUCAACUUGGAAACCCUUGAUGAAACACCAGCUCCAUAGUCACCAGAGCAAGCUGCCCCCCUGAGCCUCUGGAAGAGGAAGAUCAAGUGAAGAAGAGAAGGCUGGACAUCACUGCAGAGAUCUACAAGCAAGUCCUGCAGGAAUGAAGAGGAGGAGAAUGAAGCACCUUGCUGCGUCUGGCCCCACAUUCCAGAAGAAA